AUGGCUAUCGAACUCAGAGGCAAUGCCCUCAUCUCCAUCAUUCUCCUUGCCUCAGGCCUUGACUUCCUCCUGUUUGGUUUCGAUCAAGGCCUUUUCGGUGGCGUCCUGGCCGGCGAGGGCUUCAAAGAGAUGCUCGGCAAUCCAUCAGCUACUCGAACUGGCCUGGUAACUGCCAUCUAUGACAUCGGAUGCGCUCUCGGGGCUGUCAUGGCCUUUCUCAUCGGCGACAAGGUCGGCCGCAAGAAGAGUAUCGUUUAUGCCAACAUCAUCGUGAUCAUCGGAGCCGCCAUUCAGACAGCCAGCUACUCGUACGCUCAGAUGAGUGUUGCCAGAGUUAUCGCUGGUGUUGGAGUUGGCUUUUCCACCGUCGCUGUACCAAUUCUACAGAGCGAGACACUGCCUAGCCGUAACCGUGGCGCUCUUCUCGUCGUCCAGUCAGCCCUCAUCAUCAUCGGCGUCGCUAUCGCUUCUUGGUUGUGCUUUGCCACUCUCUAUUCGAACACGAGUUUUCAAUGGCGCUUUCCCAUUGCUUGCCAGAUGCUGUUCUCCGGUCUCGUUCUUUGUCUUACUCCAUUCCUUCCUGAGACUCCUCGCUGGCUAGCAGAGAACGGUCGCACAGAAGAGGCUCGCCAGAUUCUAGCUCGUCUCGGAGACAAGCCUCUAGACCACGAAGACGUCACGAACCAACUCAACGAGAUCUGCGAAGUCGUUGCUAUCGAGCAAGAGGCAGGUGACGCGACAUGGGGUGAAGUCUUUACCAACUCGACCAAGUCAAGGAACUUGCACCGCGUCCUCCUCGGUAUGGGUCCGUACAUGAUGAACCAGUGGUCGGGCAUCAAUGCUCUCUGCUACUACCUCGCAUACAUCCUUGAGAACUACCUCGGCUACAGCCCAAGCAUGGCUUUGAUCCUCGCCUCGGUCGCCUUUACUCAGUAUGCCAUCUUCUCUUGGCCUCCGUACUUCUACAUCGAUCGCCUCGGUCGCCGCUGGACGGUCAUUCUCUCCAGCAUCGGCUGUGCAGCAUGUAUGGCCAUCAUCGCCGGCGCACUCGUCAAUCCCACCCACACCAAUUCCAUCGUCGCCGUCGCCUUCAUGUUCCUCUUCAUGGACUGCUUCACCCUCGGCAUCCUCCCCGUCAGCUGGUCGUACAGCGCCGAGAUUCAACCUCUCCGCGUGCGAAAUAAGGCAACGGCCGUCGGCGUGUUCGGCCACUGGAUGAGCAACUUUGUGGUCGUCAUGGUAACACCCAUCGGUCUCUCAAACAUUGGCGGCAACUACUUCUGGGUAUGGGCGAUCGUGAACGCAUCGUUCGUGCCUUUGACGUGGUUCUUCGGUGUCGAAACUUCGGGUAGAAGCUUGGAGAAGAUUGACUUUAUGUUCUAUGACGAGCCCAGAGUUUGUAUGGGACUAAACAAGAAUCACACGAGGGUCAUCAGCAAGGAGACAUACGAUGAGGAGAGAAGAUUGAGCCUCGCUAGAGACGAGAAGAAGCUCAAUGUCGACCAGAUCUCUGUAGUAAGCAAGUGA